UACUUGCUCAGUGAACUUUAUUGUGGUUGUUAUCAUUGAUAACAACAAUCAAACAAAGUGCAAAGUUCGAUUUAUUGUACUCAACUCACAAAUUAACUUUUAAUUCAGUGUUCACUGCUGUGUUUUGUCUAGUUUUAUCUGAACUUUUCACACGUUAUUAGUUUUAAUUGCCAAUGACUGUAGGUACUUGCAAAGUUUAACAAUUGCAACUUAAUCUCGAAAAUAAUUUUAUUUUAAAUGAUGUCUAUCGCAGGACGUCUCUCCCAGCUUCUAAGAAUAACUAGACCUAUUCAGACUACAUCGAGGUUAGUGAGCAGCAGUAUGACCAUUGACGGUAACACUAUUUUGGCGGAAAGCUUGAAAAAGCAGGGGGUGGAAUAUGUUUUUGGGAUAGUUGGAAUCCCAGUAAUUGAGCUGUCAAUGGCAUUCCAGUCGGCUGGUUUGAAAUAUAUUGGCAUGAGAAAUGAACAAGCCGCAGCCUAUGCCGCUCAAGCAAUUGGUUAUUUAACAGGAACACCUGGAGUUUGUCUUGCUGUCUCUGGGCCUGGCCUUCUUCACUGCAUUGGGGGUAUGGCCAAUGCCCAAGUCAACUGCUGGCCUCUGCUUGUCAUCGCAGGGUCCUGUCCUGAAGAUCAUGAGGGUAUCGGCGGAUUUCAAGAAUGGCCACAGGUGGAGGCCAGCCGUCCCUACUGCAAGUACGCAGGCCGGCCGCCGUCGGCGCGCCUGAUCCCGCUGCACGUGGAGCGAGCGGUGCGCCUCGCCUCCGCCGGCCGGCCCGGCGUGUCCUACCUCGACAUGCCCGGCACCUUGCUUACGGCCGAAGUAGACGAAGACAAAGUGCCAAUGGACUUCUACCACGCCGACCCGGUGCAACUGGCGCACCCGAGCCCGGUACAAGUGGAGAAAGCGGCUGAGUUGCUGGCGAGCGCUCGCCGCCCGCUCAUAGUCGUGGGAAAGGGCGCCGCCUACGCCCGAGCCGAGGCCGCCGUCAACCAGCUGGUAGGAGACACGAAGAUACCAGUCCUGCCGACGCCUAUGGGCAAAGGCGUAGUCCCCGACUCGUCCCCGUACGUGGUGUCGUCAGCUCGCACCACGGCUCUGUUGCACGCCGAUGUGGUUCUUCUACUGGGCGCGCGGCUUAACUGGAUGCUGCAUUUCGGCCAGCCACCGCGGUAUGCGCCUGACGUCAAAAUCAUACAGGUGGACAUAAGCCCCGAAGAAUUCCACAACAGCGUCAAAUCUGAGGUGGCUGUGCACUCUGACAUCAAGCCAUUCGUCGAGGCUUUGAGCCAGAAGCUAGCACAAAAGAAAGUGACACUCCAACCAUCUAGCAACGACUGGUGGCAGCAGCUCAAGAAGAAACAAGACACCAACGUUGCCUUUGUUGAGGCCCAAGCGAACCAGAAGACAGUGCCGCUGAACUACUACGCAGUAUUCAAGACCGUGCAGGCGAAUAUUCCCGCCAAUUCCAUAGUAGUGAGCGAGGGAGCCAAUACUAUGGACAUCGGCCGCGGGAUAUUACUCAACGACCUGCCGCGACACCGACUCGAUGCCGGCACCUUCGGGACUAUGGGGGUGGGCCCCGGUUUCGCUAUCGCAGCAGCGAUGUGGUGUCGUGACUACGCGCCCGGGAAACGAGUGGUUUGCGUCGAAGGAGACUCCGCUUUUGGAUUCUCUGGUAUGGAAAUCGAAACCAUGUUCCGUUACAAACUGCCUGUAAUAAUAGUGAUAGUCAACAACAACGGAAUUUACAGUGGAUUUGACAAAGAAACCAUGGAAAGUAUCCAAUCUUCUGGUGAUGUAACACAGUGCACUCCACCAACCUCCCUAAGCACGGAGGUGCGUUACGAGAAAAUGAUGGAAAUGUUCGGAGAGACCGGCCAUUUCUGCCGGACGGUCGAGGAGAUCCAGGCCGCGCUCAAGCACGCUGCGACGGUCACCGACCGGCCGACCAUCAUCAAUAUCGCCAUCAACCCGCAGUCCAGCAGGAAGCCGCAAGACUUCAACUGGCUGACUGAAUCUAAGCUUUAAACAAAUGACUGUUUAUCUUAGAGUAGGCGCACACCGUUUAUUUUUCGUCGGCCGAUAGUUUAGUCGGGCUGUUGAUCAGUAUUGGCAUGUAUGGGAGUGCGCACACUACGCCGAUUCGAUUUGGCCGAUUCUUCAUAUAAUUUGAAAUCGGGCACAACUAUCGGCCAACUAAAAAUCAACGGUGUGCGCCUACUACUCCUGGCUGAGUUGCACCACCUAACUUUGACCGUAACUUUAACGAUCGGUGUUUUUUGUAUGGAGUUUGACAGAUUUUUGUCUAAGUUAAAGUAAGAUAGUGCAACCCAGCUAUAAAGUACAAAUAUUCACGGUUUAUUUUGUUUUUUUUUUAUUACAGCAACUUAUUGGUUGUGGAGAUAUUUAAAGGCAAAAGUCAGAUGUUAAAUUUUUUUCCCAAAAAAAACAUUAGUCAUAGUCAUUAGAACAAAGUUCCAUGAGAAGUAUGAGAACAUACCUUUUUGUACUCUAUUAUAAGAUAUUUAACGUUUUAUAUUCUCUCAGUUCAUAUUUUUCAAGAGGUGGGAUUUGUCUCGUCGCGUUCGGUAUCUCGAAAGGAAAAUAACCCGCAUGGUUGCGGCCAGCCAUCGUCAACAGUAAAGUGCAUAAAUCGACUUGAGCAAUUGUUCAAUUGAGGGCCAAUUGGUGAGCUAUUUUCACACUUGUAGGCCAGAUUGGCCACCCUAACUCCUGUUCUAGCAAUAUGAGCUGAGAUUUCAACGUUAUGUACCUUGCACUAGUAUUGUAACUACUACUAUUAUUUUGAAAUUGGUCAAAAAUUGUAUGGUGCUCAACAUUAAUGAAAUUAUGUUUAUGUUGAUUAUUUUUAUAUAUUUUUUAUACCUGAAGUGAUAUAAUCUACUUAAGGCAUUUCUACUAAUGAUAAGCAUUUAUUUUUAUUUUAAGUAUACCAAAAUAAUUGUUGGCAAUGGCAUCAAAAAUAUAUCAGAUUGAUCAUGGUGUAGGGUUUGUAAUAAUGAAAGAUAAAUCACUUGAUAUUGUCUGUAUUUGAGUCAUAUUUAUGUCAUCACAAUGUUUGUAUAGUGAACUUAAAAAUAUUAUAUUUAAUAUAUUAUAAACUAAA